AUGGCUUUGCCUGACAUGUGGAUCAAAAUCCUCAAGCACAUGAAAGAUGAAGACUGGGAGAUCGGGGCUAUCGUGCAUACCCUUGAAAAUCGACGAUACGGAGAGAAGAACAUCGCCUACGCUGAAUCUCACGAUCAAGCACUUGUUGGUGACAAGACGAUCGCAUUUUGGCUCAUGGACAAGGAAAUGUAUGACUUUAUGUCCAUGGUGACGCCUUACACUCCGAUCAUCGAACGUGGAAUAGCCUUGCAUAAGAUGAUUCGUCUUCUCACAAUGGCUUUAGGAGGAGAGGCCUGGCUGAAUUUCAUCGGGAACGAGUUCGGUCAUCCAGAGUGGUUGGAUUUCCCACGUCUUGGAAACAACGAGUCGUUCCAUUACGCUAGGAGACAGUUCAAUUUAGCCGACGAUGAGCUUCUAAGAUAUAAAUGGUUGAAUAAAUGGGAUCAAGAGAUGAAUGCACUCGAGGAGGCCACAGGAUUUCUUCACGAGAUGCCUGCAUACGUAUCGUGCAAGCACCACGAGGACAAAAUGAUCUGCUUUGAACGUGCCGGUGUGCUGUUCGUGUUCAAUUUCCAUACAUCAAAAAGUUUCACCGACUACAAAGUUGGCGUUGAAGUGCCUGGGAUCUACAAAAUGGUUCUAAACAGCGACGAAGAACGAUUCGGCGGUCACAAUCGUCUGCAGUCCGGUUCCGAGCAUCACACCUUCCCUGAAGGUUGGAAUGGUCGCCGAAAUCAUCUAUGCGUCUAUGCUCCAUCACGAACAUGCCUUGUUCUGAGACUCAAAUAA